AUGAAUAACGUAUGGUUUAAUGCAUCAUUAACCAGUGCAAUUCAGAUGGUGACAACCAACAAUAAGUUACUUCUUCUACUUGUUGUCAGUAAACCAACAGACGAUGACUUUGUUAAUAACUUUACAUGUCAAAUGAGAGAAUAUCUGAGUGUAUGUGUAUCAAUAGUUAUGGAGAAGAAUAGUGAGGAGUUAGCACUCUUCAAGUUGUUAUACAACCACCCCAUCACAACACCAUCAUUGUUUAUCAUGAACAAAGGAGGAUUACAGCAUGUUUUGAAAGAAGAUGAAGUUUACAAAGAAAAUGUUAAGAGAAUCAUUGAGAUGUACAUUUCAGAAAUACUUCAACACAACCAAAAGAUUCAAACAACAAUCAAGAGGAUGGUAUGUGGAGAAACAACAGAAAGAGGAUUUGAUGAGAAUAUACAAGAGAAGAUAGAAGAAGAGAAAAAAAAGAUAGAAGAAGAGAAAAAAAAGAUAGAAGAAGAGGAAGAAAGACAAAAGAAAAUAGUAAGAAUCAGAAAGAUACAAGUGGAUGAAGAAAAGAAAAAACGCAAAGAACAAUUAGAAAGAGAACAAAAUAAAGAAAAAGAAGAAGAAAAACGAAUAAAAGUUGAGAAAAGAAGAGAAAGAGAGAUUGCAAUUAAAAUGACUGAAGAAUUAAAAAAAAUAAAAGCACGUGAAAAUCAACAAUCUCGUGCUUUUGCUCAAUACAAGAAUGAUGAACACAAACUUUCAUUAAAACUAAAAGACGAUGUAUUAAAGAAAAGAAGAAUCCAAAUCGGCGUUCGAUUACCAAAUGGUGAAAUUAAAAAAGCAGUGUUUGUCAAAGAUGAUCAACUCUUUACUGUUUAUAACUUUGUUCAAGGAUUUGGCUUUGAUGGAUUUGUUUUUGUAGAUGGUCGUUCUCACAAAGAAAUAAAUAACUUAGAAGCUACUCUUGAAGAACUUCAUUUUUGGCCUUCUUUCUAUUUGCAUGCUGUCUUAUUUAAUAAGACUGACCCUUCUUACUAUCAAUAA